UCCUAUCCAUGAUUUCGCUAAGUCAUGCCGAAGUAAACCCGCUAUCCAAACACCCUCAAUCGAUCUUCGUACCGUGAGAAACACGCGCGACAACUGAGAGCAUUCUUAAAUCUAACUCCCCUGAAAAAACGCAAUGUAAUAGAAAUAAGAAAAAAAAAAAAGAAAAAGAAUCCGGUAAAUACAGAAUUUUUCCUCUUAUUUUAUUUUCAAAUAAGCCAUCGUCGCGAUCUGUCCAGAUUGCAGAUAAGCGGAGAGAGAAAAGAUGAAGAAAGAAGACACGGUGAAACUCAUCAGCGCUGAAGGGAUCGAAUUUGUGAUUGACAAGGAAGCUGCCAUGGUUUCUCAAACCAUCCGUAACAUGCUUACUUCCCCAGGUGGAUUUGCGGAGACGGAGCAUGGGGAAGUGACUUUCCCGGAGAUAAGUGCUGUGAUUCUUGAGAAAAUCUGUCAGUAUUUCUAUUGGUCUCUUCAAUAUUCCAGGGGUAAAGAGACUGAGUUCCACAUUGAACCUGAACUGACUCUGGAGCUGAUGAUGGCUGCUAAUUAUCUCCAUACUUAGUCAGUUACUUUCUUUGCUUAUUAGAAUUACUCCGGGGCGGUAUUAUUGCCCCAAGAGGAGUAUCUAUGUCGUGUAUUUUAGGACUCUGCUGCACUGCAUAGUGGUGUGUUUACAAUUAUCUUGUGUGAUUGUUUUGACUUAGGACACAGACUUGUGUAGGCAAAUGAAUGCAGUUAUUACAAGAUGUAUAAUUGCUACUAGACACCGAAAUAACUUGAGCACAAUCUUAAAAUGCUACCAUACACUGUAUGCUUAUUGGCACUAUUGUAAUCUUGUAUUUCUUCCAUAAGAUAUCAAAAGACUUUAUAGAA